AUCCUGUCUCUUAACAAAUAAAUAUGACACUGAAAUUAACUCCAGUAUGGAGCCAGAAGUACCUGAAGGAUGGCUUCGCUCCAGUCUGCAAAUUCAGUAAGGAUCCAAGAGACUCAGUGGUUGCUGCUGGCUUCGGUGACGGCAAGAUGCUCAUCUACGACUACGAGAAAGCUACUGAACAUGAGAUUGGCACACAUCUGUUCUCAGUGAAUGAUCUGGACUGGAGCAAUUCUUAUAAUUAUCUUCUUUCUGGAAGCGAUGAUACACUCGCUUGUAUUCAUGAUCUCAACAUUGCAUCGACUGGGAGUGAUGAUUCAGAGGUUUAUCAGAGAGAAUUAGAUAGAAAUAUUGAGAUUGAUAAAAGUUUAGUAAGAGUUUUUAAAGCCCAUACUCAUCAUGUUACAAGUGUUGCAUUUGAUUCAGGUUCAAGCCUUGUUCUGACAGGAAGUGUAGACAGGAUUAGUUAUCUCUGGGAUAUCAGGUCAAGCCACUAUAUUCAUAAAAUUGAGGAUCAUGCAGUUGAGAUCUAUGGAGUUGAUAUCUCACAAGAUGGCUUGCUAAUACUCACAGCUGGAUGUGAUGGCUAUGUAAGACUUUGGGAGACUAGAACAGGGUUAUGAUUAAAGACGAUUAAGGUUGAUCUGACUCUGAAGAUUGGAAAAUGAUUCUUUACUCCUGACUCUAAAGCUAUCAUAGCUAAUAAUGUCGAUAAAUGCAUUUCUGCUUAUGAUAUUGAGAAUUCAAUGCUUAUUAAGAGAUUUGAAGGCCAUAAGAUUCAUAGUGGAUAUUAUUUAAAGCACUGAAUUCACUAUGAUAAUGAUGAUAUUUACAUUUUGUCUGGUGGAGAAGAUGGAUGAUUAUAUGGAUGGGAUAUUGAGGACUCUAAUCCUGUAUUCAAAGCGAACAUCCUAAAAUCGAGUAGACAGCUCGAUCUUCCUCAUCAUAAGAUUGAUUCUCAAGUCGAAGUCGAGAUCCCUGGAGAAGAUGAUACCUCUCAGGCAAUUAUCACUUGUGUUGAUUCAUCUAAGGAGAAGCAAUUAAUCAGUUGUGUUGAUAGUUUCAGAAAUAUCCAUGUAUCCAAGCUAGCAUCCGAUAUCUAAGAUGUUUUCAAUAAUUCUUCUAUAUAA